GGUCCAUUAAAAUUCCCGUACCACUGCGUUUCUUGAAUAAAUUAGUACGCCACCAACGUCGUUGUCUUCUCUUUUUUUUAUUUACAUCAACCAUUACUAAAACUGCAGCACUCAUCACUAAAAUAGUAUAAUUUUCGUUUCGCGAAGCCAUACUGCAUUUGUCGACUGCGAUGUUUGUCUGCGUUUGGUGCGCUGAAUCUGUGGAUCGCUGGAGGUUCGCGGAAAAAAUCAUUUCAACGAACCACCAUCGAGCGGCUCACAAGCGGCUCGCGAACCGCUCGGCUCGCAUAUGUAUACGCACCUUUACACCGAUACUUUCCCGCUUUUCCGCAACAUCGUAAA